AGGAGGCUGAGAAAAGGAACAGAUGGCCACCAAAAGAAUACUAGAGCAGCUAAUAGUCACUGGCAUAUUUCCGGGAUGAAAAUUUAAAUCUGAAGCCAAGCAGAGGGUUAUCCACUUUUUUUUCUGAUCAGGGUACUGUGUAUGAAACUGAUCCUGCUAUGCUCUGACUACAUGAAGGUGGGCUUUCUGAAAUGCAUUCGCCGAAUAGAAUAAACAACCUCUAUCCUGCGGUUACCGACUCUUGCCGUUAUGCUGACAGAAAUAGUUGACAAGACUUCCCACGUGGAUGCGUUCUCUCAGCCUCAGCUGACGGUUCAAGAGAGGGAUCAUCUAGGAUCUAACAGGGUCUUCCAUCAGAAAGUCAGUCGUGGUGUUCUUUCCCUCCCACAUCUGGAAGGUCAAGCAAAGCAUGGUUUGGUUGCAGACACCGCAAACCCUCCUCCCCUUGAAAGCAGCCUGCCUCAGAUAACAAACAAGAGCUUGCAGAAUGUCCUCCCCUCUCUUCAGGAAAACAGAAGUCAAGGCAAUUUUUCCCAAUUUAACUUUCCAGACGACCUUCCUGAAAGUGGUACCAGAGCCCAGAAAAAAACAUCAGAACUGGAAAGCACCAGCAUCCGUGUCAAACUGCCUAUGACAGCUUCAGAAGCCUUGAAGUAUUUUAAAGACCAAUUAACAGUCUAUGAGCAAAAAGAAAUUUUCAAUUAUACAGAGCUGUGGUUUCUUGGGCUGGAAGCUAAAAAGAUUGAAGGUUUGCCUGAAACCCAGAAUAAUAAUUGUUACGAUGAUGAGCAUGGUUCCUACUUAAAGGUUUUACAUGACCACAUUGCGUACCGAUAUGAAGUGUUGGAAGUGAUUGGGAAAGGGUCAUUUGGGCAAGUGGCUAAAUGCUUGGAUCAUAAAACCAAUGAAUUAGUGGCAUUGAAAAUAAUAAGGAAUAAGAAAAGAUUUCACAGCCAGGCUUUGGUAGAAGUGAAGAUCCUUGAUGCUCUCCUGAAGAAGGACAAAGAUGAUACUCACAAUAUCAUCCACAUGAAGGAGUACUUCUACUUUCGCAAUCACUUCUGUAUUUCCUUCGAACUGCUGGGCAUAAAUUUGUAUGAGUUGAUCAAAAAGAACAAUUUCCAAGGUUUCAGUUUGCCUUUAAUUCGACACUUCACUCAGUGUGUGCUGAGAUGUUUACAAGUGCUCUACCAGGAAAGAAUCAUUCACUGUGAUCUGAAGCCUGAGAACAUAUUAUUGUACCACAAAGGCCAAGGUUCAGUUAAAGUUAUUGAUUUUGGAUCAAGCUGCUAUGAACACCAAAGAGUGUACACCUAUGUUCAGAGCCGGUUUUAUCGCUCGCCUGAAGUGAUUCUUGGUCAUCCUUAUGCUAUGGCUGUUGAUAUGUGGAGCUUAGGCUGUAUCAUAGCUGAGCUUCACACAGGCUACCCGCUGUUUCCAGGGGAAAAUGAAGUUGACCAACUUGCCUGCAUCAUGGAGGUAUUGGGUCUUCCACCAGCUGAUUUUAUCCAGGCUGCAUCAAGGAAGCGAACGUUCUUUGAUUCCAAAGGUUUUCCUAAAUCCAUAACUAACAGCAAGGGAAAAACGAGAUGCCCAGACUCCAAGGAUCUAAGCACAGUACUGAAAACCCAUGAUGCUGGUUUCUUGGACUUUCUGAAAGGAUGUCUUAUGUGGGAACCUGCCCUGCGCAUGACUCCGGAUGAAGCAAUGAGGCAUGCAUGGAUCCAGGAGCCAAAAACAUACAGAGCAAAACAGAAAACACAGACUUCAAGGAACCUGAGUGACAGCGCUCUCUCUACACCAGAAAAGAAAAAAGAGGAUAUUCAAAAUAUCUGGAAAGAUACGGCUGACACACUGAAAAGUGAACUGGCUGAAAGACUGACUCCCCCUGUGCCCUCCACAGGCACAACAGACAACGAUGUGCAGAACACAUGGAAACAUGCUCUUCCAGAGAAACACUUGGAGACCCAGAUGGAAAAGCCUAUAAAAAAUGACCAAGCAGAACACAGUGGUGAAACAGCUCUUCCAAAAAAUUCUCUUUUUUUCCCUCCAAUUAAGUAAUACACAGCACAAAUGAUGAUUGCUUCAGCUGCAUACUUGGUAUAUUUUGUAGGUAUUUUUUGUACUCAGGAAUAUAAGCUGUAUCUGUCUGUACAUGGGCUGUGCACAUUGUAAGUACAUUCAAUGUUCGUUUUACCUUGAAAUAGUCCAGACGACCAAAACAGAAUUUCAAAUUAAUUCCUUUUCCUCAUCUACAUCCCCGUCGUGAUCAGACAUCCUUCACAACCAGCAGCAAUAAAAUGGAGACUGUAGAGGUGGAGA